AUGGACGUCACUCAGGCUACCACCGCCAAUACUCGAGGCCUGCUGCUGAAAGGCUACCGGCGUCGCCAGACCAGCUAUCCGGUAAGCUACUCGCCCGAGAACAUCCAUGAGACUCCCCCUCUGAACCGUCCUCGGAACCACAGCCGUCUCGCCCGCCGCGGAGGCGUUGUGCGCAUGAGAAAAGACAUCUAUCCUGAGAUCUGUUCCGUCAUUAAAGAGCGCCUACGCGAAGUAAGAAUCCCCUCCCCCUCAGCCUCUCCCUGGAAAGCAAGGCAUGAGUUGGAGGCGAAGCAGAUGUCCUAA